AUGCACCCUUCUGAGGUUGGCAUCAAAGAAAAAUUUUGGAACUUUUACACUAAGCCCCCUUGGCCACAUAAUCCUGGAUCCGCCACUGAACGGACAUGGCUGGAGUCAAAGAGGCUAUGGCAAGUAGCAGCCCCGUCCAUCUUCAGCCGCAUUGCCCUGUUCUCCGUCACCGUCAUCACCCAGUCCUUCGCCGGCCACCUCAGUGGCCUCGACCUCGCCGCCAUCUCCAUCGUCAACACCGUCAUCAUCGCCAUCACCUUCGGGUUCAUGCUAGGCAUGGCAAGUGCGCUUGAGACAUUGUGCGGCCAGGCCUAUGGCGCUAAGCAGUACCAUAUGUUGGGCAUAUACUUGCAGCGUUCUUGGGUAGUUUUGUUUCUCUGCUCUUUGUUGCUAUUGCCCUUGUUUGUGUUCGCUACGCCAUUGUUGAAGCUCAUGGGACAGUCGGAGGCGGUGGCCGAGCGGACUGGUUUGGUGGCGUUGUGGUCGAUUCCGUUUCACUUGAGCUUCCCAUUUCAGCUGACCUUGCAGAGAUUCUUGCAGAGCCAGCUGAAGAUGGGGGUAAUAGCUUGGGUGUGUGGAGGGGUUUUGGCACUCCAUGUGUUUGUGAGUUGGUUUUUUGUAUACAAGCUGGGGAUUGGGAUCGUGGGGACUACUCUUACCAUUGGUUUUGCUUGGUGGGCAUCGGUUGUGGCAUUUUUUGCAUACACUGUUUCUGGUGGAUGCUCUGAAACUUGGACUGGUUUUUCAACUCAAGCGUUUUUUGGGCUCUGGGAUUUCUUUAAGCUGUCUCUGGCUUCUGGGGUCAUGCUCUUGUUGGAGAAUUUCUAUUAUAGAGUUUUGGUGAUAGUUUCUGGAUAUUUCAACAAUACUGAGGUUGCAGUUGAUGCCCUUUCCAUCUGCAUGACUAUCUAUGCUUGGGAAUCCAUGAUUCCGCUGGGAUUUUUGGCGGCAACUGGAGUGCGCGUAGCAAAUGAACUUGGUGCUGGCAAUACAAAAGCUGCAAAAUUUGCAACCACUGUUGCAGUCUUAACCUCCCUAGCUGUGGGACUUCUAUUGUGGUUAAUAAUUAUAGCCUUUAAUGAGAAGCUUGCAAUGAUCUUUACCUCAAGUAGUCCUGUUAUCACAAUGGUCAAUGACUUAUCAGUCUUGUUGGCAUUUACCAUUCUCCUUAAUUGCAUUCAACCAGUGCUCUCAGGCGUAGCAGUCGGAUCUGGUUGGCAAGCAAUAGUAGCUACUAUAAAUAUAGGUAGCUACUACCUUGUAGGAGUUCCUGUUGGUGUUGUUUUGGGGUGGUUGCUGUUGUUUGGUUUUAAGGGAUUGUGGACUGGAAUGAUCAGUGGAACUGUGGUUCAGACCUUGAUAUUAGUCAUUAUCACCAUGAGAUUGGAUUGGGAAAAAGAGGCACAGAGAGCUCAAAUUCAAAUAGCAAAGGAGGCAACUUCCAAACCAGUGAUCUCAGCUCAACAGUAAUCGUUUGCCGCUUUUCCAUUCAAACUUCAAAGUGUAAUGAGAAGUGACAAUAGUGCCACAGGUAUCAGAAUAUGAUGGUUGCCUGAUUAUCUCUAGUGAGCUGGUACAGAACAAGAGUUACGACAUGACAUGGAUAUAGCUGUUAGACAGACGUUAUCUGCAAGUUUGAAUUCAAAGUCCUUAUCUGUUUUGUGAUAUAAUUAUCUUUUUGAUUUUCAAAUGUAUAGAUUAAUUCCCAUGUAAAUAGGGAUUUUCAUGUAAUCGUUUGUAACUGUUAACCUUGAAAUAUCAAAAUAAAUACAGCUGCACCAUUAUGUUGAUGGUAUGCAAAGCUCA